AUGGCGAACGAAAAUUUCAGAAACAUAACCGAAAACUUCAGAAGCUUUUUUAGUAGAUUAUGUUCCUUAACUCAUCCUCUCCACAGUGCCAGUAAUGUUUCUCACACAGUGGUUCUGCGGCCUCUAAAAGCUGGAUACUUCAACUUCACCUCUGCUUCUGUUAGUUACCUGGCCCAGGAGGGUGGACAGGUUGUGGUUGGUUACACAAGUGCUCCGGGUCAGGGAGGCAUCCUCGCCCAGAGAGAGUUUGACAGACGCUUUUCUCCACAUUACCUGGACUGGGCAGCUUUUGGUGUCAUGACCCUUCCCUCCAUUGGCAUUCCUCUGCUCCUUUGGUACUCCAGCAAGAGGAAGUACGACUCACCGAAGAGCAAAAAGAACUGAGUUAUCUAAUACCAGACAAAAACAGAUUAGGGAUCAUUGUGUGAAUGGGUGGGUGUUAAGUGAAUUAUGGUGCAGUUGAGAAUGUUGUUUUUGAAUAAAUUAAUUACCCAUAUUGGGGUAAAUGGUCAAUGAUUUAAUCUGUUUUUAAGUGGUGUUGAUCUUCAUCAGAAAAUUUGUUUGAGGGAUAAGCAUCAAAUAGGUGGUUAACCAACUGCUUUUGAUAUUUAAAGUGGCCAUUCCAUGGUGGCUUCAGGUACACAUCUUAUUUUUUGGUGUGUUUUUUUUGUAAUGAUUCUCAAAUGCUAAACAGAACUGCACAGUCCUUCAUGACCAAUGUGGGGCUUGUUUGUGGAAAUAAAAGGGUUUUACAGA